AUGGAUAAAAGAAACCACUCUAUGGUCACAGAGUUUAUUUUUAUGGGCAUCACCCAGGACCCACAGCUGCAGAUUAUCUUCUUUGUGGUAUUUCUCGCUGUUUACCUGAUCAAUGUGGUAGGCAAUAUUGGUAUGAUUGUCCUCAUUGUGAUGGAUGCACAACUACACACUCCCAUGUACUUCUUCCUUUGCAACCUCUCCCUCGUGGAUCUUGGCUACUCAUCUGCCAUUGCCCCCAGAAUGUUGGCAGAUUUCCUGACCCAGCACAAGGUCAUCUCCUUCUCUAGCUGUGCCACCCAAUUUGCCUUCUUCGUGGGGUUUGUGGAUGCUGAGUGCUAUGUCUUGGCUGCCAUGGCAUAUGACCGUUUUGUGGCUAUCUGCCGCCCACUUCAUUAUAGCACUAUCAUGUCUAACCGGGUCUGUCUGGUGCUUACCAUGGGAUCAUACCUUGCUGGACUUGUGAGUCUGAUAGCCCAUACUUCACUCACAUUCAGUCUAGACUAUUGUGGUUCCAACAUCAUCAAUCAUUUCUUCUGUGAAAUCCCACCACUCUUGGCUCUCUCUUGCUCAGACACUUAUGUUAGUGAAAUCUUACUCUUCAGCCUGUGUGGCUUCAUUGAGUUCAGUACCAUCCUUAUCAUUUUCAUUUCUUAUGCCUUCAUCCUUGUUGCCAUCCUCAGGAUCAGCUCUGCUGAAGGCCGGCUCAAAGCUUUCUCAACCUGUGGAUCCCACCUCACUGGUGUCACCCUCUUCUAUGGGACAGUCAUGUUCAUGUAUCUUAGGCCAACAUCUGCCUACUCUCUGGACCAAGACAAAUGGGCUUCUGUGUUCUAUACUGUUAUUAUCCCUAUGUUGAACCCCAUGAUCUACAGUUUGAGGAAUAAAGAUGUAAAAGCUGCUUUCAAAAGACUGACCAGCAGAAAACCUCAGUAA